CGCAAACACGUACAUACAUCUUCUUUCUUCUGAUUUAAUGGGUAUAUACCAUAAGAUUCAUGCGAAAUAGGUGCUUGGCUCUAGAGAGUUUCACGCUCAUUCAAUUCCUCUCUCUUUUCUUCUCUUUCUUCUUCUUCUUUUUGUUUUGUUUUGUUUUUGUUUUUGUUUUCCUUCCUGAUUAGAGAUUUGUUUCGAUUUAAUGAAUCUGUCACGUUAAAGGUUAUAAUCCCAUAUUUUUGUCUAGCUUUCUUGUGUUUUUGAUCCUCAGUUUCUCAGAUGAUUCCAAUUGGUGAGGUGAUGUUUCUUGAUUAUUAUACUGAUGUGUGUUGAUUUCUAAAUUUUUGUAUAUUGUACAGAGCGAUUUGUUGAUGAGAAGAUGAUGAAUCCUCAUAAGUGAAAUUUGAGUUUUUUUUUCUUUAAUCUGUGUGGGGGUGUGUUAAAGAGUAAUUAUGGAUUCUGCAAAGGGUUGGUUUCAGAAGCGGCAGAUGCGUGGAGGAUCGAGAUAUAAAGGUGCUUCAGGUGGUGGUGGUGGAGGUGGAAGUAAUGGCUCUGCCGAUGAGCCCAACAUCGAAACUGACGAAGAAGCAGUCUCAAACUCUACCAAACAGAAAGUUGCAGCAGCUAAACAAUACAUUGAGAAUCAUUAUAAAGAGCAGAUGAAGAUUCUACAAGAGAGGAAAGAAAGGCGAAGCAUGCUAGAGCAGAAGCUGGCGGAUGCUGAUGUGUCUGAAGAAGAUCAAAAUAAUCUUCUCAAGUUUCUGGAGAAGAAGGAGACAGAGUACAUGCGCCUCCAACGCCAUAAGUUAGGCGUUGCUGAUUUUGAUUUGCUUACAAUGAUUGGGAAAGGUGCAUUUGGGGAGGUUAGAGUUUGUAGAGAGAAGACGACAAAUCAAGUUUAUGCAAUGAAAAAGCUCAAGAAGGCGGAGAUGCUUCGCAGAGGACAGGUUGAACAUGUAAGAGCAGAGAGGAAUUUACUUGCGGAAGUGGACAGUAACUACAUAGUGAAGCUUUACUGUUCAUUUCAAGAUGAUGACCAUCUUUACCUUGUGAUGGAGUAUUUGCCUGGUGGUGAUAUGAUGACUCUUCUGAUGCGCAAAGAUACUUUGACAGAAGAGGAGGCCAAGUUCUAUGUCGCUGAGACAGUUCUCGCUAUCGAGUCCAUCCACAGGCACAAUUACAUCCACAGGGAUAUCAAGCCAGACAACUUGCUGCUUGACAGAUAUGGGCAUCUAAGACUGUCCGAUUUUGGAUUGUGUAAACCUUUGGACUGCAGUGCCAUUGGAGAAAACGAUUUUUCAAACAAUGCCAAUGGAUCUACAGAGCAAGAGUCCGGAUCAACUGCUCCAAAACGCACACAGCAGGAACAACUUGAACAUUGGCAGAGGAACAGGAGAACGCUAGCUUAUUCCACAGUCGGAACACCGGAUUACAUAGCUCCAGAAGUUCUGUUGAAGAAAGGCUAUGGAAUGGAGUGUGACUGGUGGUCUCUUGGAGCAAUCAUGUACGAAAUGCUAGUAGGAUAUCCACCAUUUUAUUCAGAUGAUCCUAUGUCAACCUGUAGAAAGAUAGUAAACUGGAAAAGUCAUUUGAAGUUUCCUGAGGAAGCAAUAUUGUCAAAGGAAGCAAAGGAUCUUAUUAACAGUCUGUUGUGCAGUGUUAGACGUAGGCUUGGUUCCAAAGGUGCUGAUGAAAUAAAGGCUCAUCCAUGGUUUGAAACUGUUGAUUGGGAUACAAUAUUCGAUAUGGAUGCAGCUUUUGUUCCAGAGGUCAAUGACGAUUUAGACACUCAGAAUUUUGAGAAGUUUGACGAGUCAGAAUCGCAAACUCAGACAUCAUCCAAGUCUGGCCCAUGGAGGAAGAUGUUGUCGUCAAAAGACAUAAACUUCGUAGGGUAUACAUACAAGAACUUUGAGAUUGUUAAUGAUUACCAAGUUCCUGGAAUGGCGGAGUUAAAGAAGAAGAAAAAGUCGACGCGACCAAUGGUCAAGGCACUCUUCGAUAAUGGAUCAUCGGACACCCCGGAUUCAUCAGAAACAACGUCGAGACGACCUUGUGAUCGACCUCCUCCUGCUCCUCCGGUUGUUCAGGGAAGCUUUCUGAAGCUUCUACCACCAGAACUCGAAGUGAGGCCAAAGCAAGAAGAAUCUGAAGCUUGCUAAAACAUUUGUCAAGGUUGGAGUUGAGUUGAGUUGAGUUGUGUCCCAAAUGUUUUAGGCGGUAGCAAAAAUACAAACCGACCGACCACUCCUGUGAUCUUUUGGACGACAAGACGCAGUUUGAUUCUUAUUUUGUUGACAUGAUGAUAAGUACGGUAUUAGACUAUUUAGGUAAUCUUGUUGACAAUUUUGCCUGCCAAUAAUAAAAUUCGUA